UCUAUGACCUUGGAGGACCCUCCUUCCCCACCCCCUUCAUCUCUAUGACCUUGGAGGACCCUCCUUCCCUGCCCCCUUCAUCUCUAUGACCUUGGAGGACCCUCCUUCCCCACCCUCUUCAUCUCUAUGACCUUGGAGGACCCUCCUUCCCCACCCCCUUCAACUCUAUGACCUUGGAGGACCCUCCUUCCCCUCCCUCUUCAACUCUAUGACCUUGGAGGACCCUCCUUCCCCACCCCCUUCAUCUCUAUGACCUUGGAGGACCCUCCUUCCCCACCCUCUUCAACUCUAUGACCUUGGAGGACCCUCCUACCCUGCCCCCUUCAACUCUAUGACCUUGGAGGACCCACCCAGGUCCUGGAAGCUUUAGAAACAACUGCUGGGAAAGAAUCAAAGGCAACCCCAACCCUUUCCUGGAACUCUUUUGUCAUCGUCGCCCCACAUCCGGGAGCUCAUUUGCAUACAGAUUGAGCAAUAAUUACGCAAAUGGCCACUUCCUGCUUGGCUUGGGCUCUAUAUUAAUGGCUGGAAGGGCUGGGGGGACAGCGAGGGCAUCGGAGAGGAUUCGCAGCGGCCAAGAUGGACAACCAGGCCUUCGAAACGGAAGCCAAGAUGGCCGCCGGGUCCUGGAAGAGAGAAGCCUCCCCAGGCCGCCGAUCCCUGCUGAAGCUGUUUGCCGUUUGCCUCCUGGCCGGCCUCCUCACCACGGCCGUCGGCGUCCUCAGCCUCUCCCUCGUUUACACCAAGGCCGGGGGCCUCGUUAAUGAGAUGAGAGUUAAUGAGAUGAAUGUUAACGAGGUGCUCGUUAAGGAUGGAGCCGUUUCGUCCCGACCGCUGGUGGACGUUCGGUUUGGGUUCCUGAAUCGUUUGAGUCGAUCUGAGCCCCAAAAAUACCCCGGCGGCACGAUCCAAUGGGCGACGUACCGAUCCGAUUCGGAUCAUUACCCCGACCCAGAAGGGCAGGAAUUUGGGGAAAGCCUCCACCAGAAGCAAUCCCAAAUGAGCGUGGCCCUAUUGAGGAUCAAACCCGGCGGGCUCCGCGUCCCCCAUUGGCAUUUCAACGCCAACGAGCACGGCUACGUCCUGCAAGGGACGGUUUGGAUCGGCGUGGUGACGGCCGAAAACGUCACCGUUUUCAACGGUACCGAAGGCCAGGUGGUUUUUUUCCCCCGCAACGCCGUGCAUUGGAUCAAGAAUUGCGGGGAGGGGGAGGCGGUGCUGCUCCUCUUCUUCGGGAGCCACGAGGAGGUGAAGACGUUGGAGGCGGAUGAGGCGUUUUUGGGCACGCCGGAAGACAUCGCGGCUCGGGCGCUUCAGCCGAUUGGUGGAGUGAAAUUCAUCCGAACGUUCCGGAAGUUUUCGGAGGCCCAAGUCGUCAACCUGCCGCCUAAUUUGGGCCAAUUAGUGCACAGCGUUAAUUACACGCGCUCGGAAGACAGCCAAGUGUGGCGCUAUUUGUAUGACCUCGGAGCUUCUCCCAUCCACCCUUUCCAUGGUGGCCAAUUCCAAUGGGCUCCGUUUCGCUCUGCCAGGACCUCCAAGUCCCCCAUGGAGCUCAUUUACAUCCAAUCCCUUAAUGAGGAGAGCCGCUCGCUCACCUUGGCCUCGUUAAGGAUCUUCGCUAACGAGCUGGGCCAGCCUCAUUACCAUUUCAAUGCUAAUGAGCUCGCCUACGUCGUCAGCGGCUGCGCCAGGGCCGGCUUAGUGAUGGAAUCGGGGACGACGGUGACGUUCGAUGUCACGAUAGGGGACGUGAUUUUUUUCCCUGUCGGGACUCAGCAUUACUUGAGGAGCGUUUGUGACGAGGAGCUGCUGCUGGUGGUGGCUUACAGCACUGGGAAGGAGGCACUGAAGACCCUUCGUAUGAACAAAUACUUCAUGGACACAGCCGACCACAUCCUGGCUCAACUCUUCCACAAAGAUCAGAAGGAGUUCCAGAACUUUCCCCGCUCUUAACGAGCGAACGUUCGUUAAUUAAAUGAGUUUUACGUUGGCCUUGGCGCGGCGUUUCUGUUGGUGGAAUGGAAGGGCGGACGAGAUGGUCCUCCAGGGUCAUAGAGUUGUGGGGUAGGAGGGUCCUCCAGGGUCAUAGAGUUGUGGGGUAGGAGGGUCCUCCAGGAGGAUCAUAGAGUUGUGGGGUAGGGGG